CCUCCACGUAGGUGGAAAAACUCUCAGCCACGUCUGCACGAUACCUCCACGUAGGUUGAGAGGCUCUCAGCCAACAGAGACUGACCACGUCACCAGGAAGUUUCGAAGAACGGCAUCCAAACAAAGGGCGGCAGGCAGCGUCUACAGAUUUUGCAUUUCCGUGGCUGAAUGUCCUUGUGCUCUGAAGGGGUUGUUGUGGUUGUUGUUGUUGUUGUGUGUGUGUGUGUGUGUCCCAACCGCGCAAUCCAUCGGUGUCUCACGCUGUGAGUCCGGCCAUGAGCGCCUGAACGCGAUGCAGUACAGGGAGGCAUGCUCUGUGCUUGGCCUGCCAUCCAACGCCACUCCACACCAGAUUAAGAGUGCGUACAAGCGGAAGGCGUUAGAGAAUCACCCUGACCGGUUCCCUCCUCAUGUUAAGCUUGAGGCUGAGGCUCGGUUCAAGCAUGUACUGGUCCUGAACCUUGAGUCAUCACAGAUUUCAGAAGCAUAUUCGUGUCUGAAAAAUGGUCCACAAAGUGCAUAUGGAUAUGGUGGGCGAUCACAGCAUCCAAAUUCCAGCGGCGGCUCAUCAUGGGUUCCCAGGGGCCGUCGAAUCAGCACUUUUGCCGCAAGUGCUCCUUUUGCUUUGCUCAUUGCUGGCACAUUAGCUCUUGGCUUCUCUCGGGCUGCCAGGGCAUACCGAAAACAACAAAAUGAAUCACCUUCCCGCAACCCAUUUCUGCCAUGAACAACAUGCGGUGAUGUUUCUGAUAUCUGUUUCGAAGGCGUCCAAAAAUUUCCCUCAUUGUUCAACAUUGUGCAGAAAAUGAUUUCUGGAUUCGCAUUAGAUUUUGUCAAUGUGCUGAUUGCUCGUUUCCUUUGUAAAUAAGUUACAUUGUGAUUUUGCAUACCAACUAUUCUUGAGGUGCUACUCUAAUUUUGUCAGCACAAGUAUUUGAAAUAGAAAUCAUCUUGCACCCUUGAAGCAAAUUUAGUUCAAGAUUGAAUAGUCUGACAACUUUCCUUGUAUCUCUUGCUUUGGGGCAGCUACGCCAUUUAGAGUCUUGGAAUAGUUUUUUUGAUGUUUUAAUGAGUGCGGCUUUGAUUUGGGGGCAUAUUCGAUGUGUCUCGAAGCGAAGCCUGGGCUUGUAUGAAGUCUAAGUAGCUUUUGCAUUUAACUUUGAAAACAAAGACUUGUAUACCAUAAA